CCUUGUCCCGCGCCUGCAGUGAGCGGCUAGAUUCAUGAAAAAGAACCUGGAACGGCCCUCCCCGGGGCUAAGUUGGGUACCAGUACAUGUCGUGGGGCCAGAGAAGCUAGAGGCAGGUAUUCCAGGGAUGUAGCUGUUCUGCAAAUCUGAGGACUCGGCUUCGGGAAGGGCUGUGGGCAAGCGUAUGAGGACUGUCCCUCUUCUCCCAGGCCGACGCGGGAUAUCCCGGAGACCCCGGAGAGGCUGCCACUCUGAUGUCUGGAGAAACAGGCCCUAAGCCCAGGCUGGCUAUGAAGAGUGACUCCUCGACCCCUGCAGCCCCCCUUAGGGGGCUCGGGGCGCCUCUGAGGAGCAGCGAGCCUGUACGCGUCGCCCCGACUCCGUCGGCAGCCGUGGUUCUGCUGGAGGAGGCUGCAGACCUCUUGGUGGUGCACCUGGACUUCCGGGCGGCACUGCAAACCUGCGAACGCGCCUGGCAGAGCUUGGCCAAAGAUGAUGCGGGCACUUCCUUGGAGGUGAAAUGCUCCCUGUGUGUUGUGGGGAUCCAGGCCCUGGCAGAAAUGAAUCGGUGGCAGGAAGUCCUGUCCUGGGUUCUUCAGUAUUACCAGGUCCCUGAAAAGCUACCUCCCAAAGUCCUGGAACUAUGUGUUCUUUUAUACAGCAAAAUGCAAGAGCCUGGUGCUGUGCUGGAAGUGGUCAGUGCCUGGCUGCAAGACCUUGACAACCAGGGCCUUCCAGAAUACAGAGCCUUGGCAGAACUUCACCUGCACCAAGUGCUGCUGCCUCUGGGCUGCUUGUCGGAGGCUGAGGAGCUAGUGGUGGGUUCUGCAGCCUUCAAUGAGGAAGAGCGGUUGGACUUACUCCAGGCCAUUAGUAAGGCAAGGCAACAGCAGAAACACCAACACUUGGGCACUGAGGACGCCCAGAAGCUAAACCAGGAAGGCUCCUUCUCCCACAAGUUCCUGUCACUAAUGAUGUUGCUUCGCCGGCUUUGGGAUUCUACAGUGAGCCACUUCUUCUCUAUGCCCUUCAAAAAGAGCCUCUUGGCUGCCUUGAUCCUCUGCCUCUUGGUGGUAAGGUUUGAUCCAGCUUCUCCUUCUUCUUUGCCCUUCCUCUACAAGCUGGCUCAGCUCUUCCAUCGGAUCCAAGAGGCCAUGUUUUCUCUCUACCGGCUUCCUAUCCACGAUUGAGUGGCUUUUCCCAUUCCACUCAACCUCUCUACUCCCCAGGUCUGCCAUGACAGAAGCAGAGGCACUCAUCCAUGGUGGCCCUCCUGUUGCUGGCUCUGGCCCCACAGGGGUGGGGCCAGCCCUAAUUCUAGAAAGAGUUGAUCCAGUCUGGUGAACUAUGUUUUGCCGCCCGAGUGUUCUCCCCUUUGCACCCUAGUUUGGCUGGUGUUGGUAGGUAAUACGGGAACAAAGUAGGGCCAGGGAGCACGAGUCCUCUAGAAUAAUACUCCCUUGUACCCAAAGGCCCCUUCUAAAGGAGGGGUUUGGGAAAGGAGAGUAUAUCCAUGAAAUAGUCCAUCUUCUUGGUAAAAGCAAAGGAUUGGUGUUUUUAGGUCAGAGUGUUAAUGAAGCUGGAAGUUCAGAAAACUCUGAUGGAAUGACCCCUGGCCUUUCACUUGUGUGGAAAACUUAACCUCUGAAAAUUGCCUCACAGGUCAGGCCCUUAGUUAGGCAGAGUGAAGAUCUGAGAGGGCCACUUAUUUCUCUUCUCUGAGAGGAGCAUAGAGAAGUUAUUUAUCAAUAUACCAUUCCUGUGGUUUUGCAGUAGGCUUGAAGCUGUUUGGGUCCUCUCUUUUCAGACCAGGACGUGGCUUUCAGAACUACCCAGGUAACUGUUGAAAGCAAAGUAAGGCUGCUCUGCUCUUCUCACUGGGUAAAGUGAUCUUGUUUGGUGCUUCUUGGGCUUCAGCUCAAUUUUCCAGGUUGUCAGUGGCCAAGUCCUGCUCUAUUACACACUCAGUAUUCCUGUGUUCUCUUUCUUCCUUUUAGUUCCUUCUCCCUGCUCUGCAAUGGUAUUUUUGUACUUUGUCUGAUGGCUGUCUAACCAGGUUCUGCCUACCUCCUUGGUAUACACCGUUGCUGGUUCUCCUCCCCACCUUCUGUGUCCUGUUGUUCUAGUUAUAGUCUAUUCUUUGUAUAAUGUGCAAAUUUUUCUGCUUGUGUGGCCUUGAAAAGUAGGUCAGCCUCAGAGGCUGAUGAGCUGAAAAUGGAACUGGGUAAUCAGGUGAGUUGGAAGGGAUGUAUGGAGGGAGUUGGCCAGAGGGGAGAUACGGGUUUUGAAGGCAAGGAGCAAUUCAUUGUUAGGAGGAGGAGGACACAUUGGGGCCAUAGCAUUUGGGUAUUUGAAAUGUUUCAGUGUUUUCUGUCACCAGCCACAAGAAUCUUACAAGUUUCUGUGCAAAUAAAUGUAAAACACUACUAUGCUGUUGGAAUUGUAAAAGGCUUCCAGCAGGGGCUAGCCUUUUUGAGGCUGAAGGCCAAACAAACUGCCCCCUGCUGGGUCUUCAGGCAGUGUUGAUGCCAGGAAUAGAGGAGAUGCUUAGUAGUUUCCAAGAGGCUGGUUUUUAGGCGUUCAAGUAAACAGUUUGUCUUUAGUAAAGCGGGUGGGAAAAAUAAAACUCACGGGCCUUUGGGAGGUGAGUCCCUAGGGCGUAGUCCACCUCUGUAGGAAAUAAAUCUGUGUUUUUACAUAUGGGCUUUUAAGUAGAGUUAAGAACCCUGAGAAGAGGAAAAGAGACAGGUAAGCCUUGAGAUCUGUUGGAAUGAUUUCUCAAAAUGAAAAUCUGGUCCCUUUCUCUACCCUAGAUAAAACUCUUUAAUGACUUUGCAUGCCUCACAUGGCAUUUCUUCUUAAAUUCAUCACGGAAUUUAAGGCCCCUUAGGCACUGGUUUUAGCUAAUCCCUCCACUUUUAUGUGGGGCCUCUGUUGCUCAUGCACGCUGCCCUCCAGAGGCCCAGCCAGUCAUGGUUUUCUGAACAUUUCAUGCUCCUUCACACUGCUGUAUCUUUAGCACCUGCUGUUCCCUCUGGAAGGCCCAGCUCCCACUUUUUGCCUGGUUAGCUCCUCAAAUUUCCAGACUUACUCAAGGGUUACUUUUGGGAAUCCUCUCCUGAUGUCUGCUUCCACCUUUUUAUGUUAGUGACCCCAUAGCCUUAUAAUUGCAAAGUCCUUUGUUACCUCCAGUAACUGUGAGCUCUUUGAUGCUGGGGAAUGUGGCUUGUUGCAGUGUUUAAGAAUCAGUUUGGAUCCCUGCUCUACCACUCACGAGGUAUGUGACUGUUGGAAAGUGACCUAUCCUUUCUCAGCCUCAGUGUCCUCAUCUGUUAGUUAUUAUUUCAUAGGGACUUCUGGGCCUAGCCAAGCACCUAGGAAAUAUGAAGCUAUUAGAGAUGUUUAAAUUAAUGAACUGCUAUAGCUGUCAGGACAAAAGGUCCAUGUGCUUUUGGUAUAUUUUAUAUUGUGAAAAGUCUGAGUAAAAAGACCUGACUAUACCCAACUCCUUUUUCUGUCUGUCCCCUGAAGUUCUUCCAUAUUCAGCUUCUAGGCCUCUAGGUUCUCUGUGUGAUGUUCGUCUUGAACUCUGCAAUAUUGUCUGGCAACCAGCCCUAGCUACCUACCUAGUCAGUCAAGGAACUCAGAACCAGAACUGCUCUGAUAACUUUGAUAUUUUCUAAGAAUGGAGGCUGGUAUUCAUAUCAGUCUUCACGUCUGACCUUAAUGAGGUCAGAAAUGAAGGGAGGGCUUCCUUGUUAGACUUAGACCUGUGCUGUCCAACAUGGUAGCCAUUAGUCACAGGUGGCUUUUGAGCACUUGAAAUGUGGCUGGUACAAAUUGAGAUGUUCUGUGAAUGUAAAAUACUCACUGGAUUUUGAAGAUAUAGGACUAUAAAAAUGGAAACUCAAUAAUUUUUAUAUUGAUUGCAUGUUGAAAUGAUAGUAUUUUGGGUAUGUUGGGUUAAA